UAAUGUCAGCGUCAUUCAUUCGAUUCAUAACCUCAAAAAAAAUUAAGAUUGGUUUUCCUUUGUAAAGCCUAAAUAAUAUUUUACCUAUAGGGUAGAAAUAUAUAUAAAAUAAAUAGUUUAUAAAUAUCAAGCAUGUCAGCAUUUAAGAGGGUCCAACAAUGGGCCACCUUUGCACGAACCUGGCAUGUCUUUGACUGUAAAUGGCAAGAUCCAUACGAAUCUGCUAAUUUAAUAAAGAAGUAUUUGAUGGGCUUGCACAAACCAAUCUACCACCCAAUGAACGACUGUGGGGAUGUUGUUGUAUGUAUAAAUAGCAAAGAGAUAGCUUUGAAGGGUGAUGAGUGGAGAAAACGGGCUUAUUUCCACCAUACUGGCUACCCUGGGGGUGCGACUUGGACCUUGGCAUGGGAACUACACAACAAGGACCCUACUAUGAUAAUAAGGAAAGCAGUGUAUAGAGCAUUGUCAGGGAACCUUCAAAGACGACACACAAUGGAACGAUUGUUUAUAUUCCCUGGUGAGGAUGUUCCCCAGGAUGUUAUGGUAAAUGUCACCAAUCAAAUACGAGCGUGGCGCCUUGUCCCUACCAGACUAGACCACAUACCCCAAGAAGAAGCUGAGAAAUACCCCAAGGUUAUGGAAUACCCUUCAGACUAUGUGUUGAAGUGAUUAUACUUAGUGAUUAAAUUAAAGAUAAGUUAAUAGAUAAUUAGAAAUAAAUAUUGUUGAUCAGUA